AUGGAAUGCAAUAAGGAUGAUGCACUUAAAGCUAGAAAUUUAGGGGAAUCAUAUUAUAAAGAAAAAAACUAUUCAAAAGCAUUAUCAUUACUAGCCAAAUCCAAGAGACUCUAUCCGACAGAUGGUAUUGAUCAAUUAAUAUCGACAGUAGAAGAUUGUUUAGCAAACGAUGAUUCAUCUUUAAAUAAUAAUGACAGUAAUAUAAAUAAUAGUCCAAAUAAUAAUAAUAUAAAUACUGAUGAAAAAAGCAGCGAUAAUAAUAAAAAUAAUAGUAAUAGUAAUAAUAAUAAUAGUAACAAUAAUAAUAACACAAUAAAUAAUCAAUUAUAUACAAAAGAACAAAUUGAAAUUACUAAAAGAAUUAUUGAAUCAAAAACUCAUUAUGAAAAACUUUCAUUGACAGCAUCAUGCACAGAAAUAGAAAUUAAAAAGAAAUAUAGGCACUUGGCAAAAUUACUACACCCAGAUAAAAAUAGUGCACCGCAGGCACAUAUAGCAUUUCAAGAGAUUAAACUUGCACAUGAUGUUUUAUCAGAUCCAAUACUAAAAAGAAAAUAUGAUGAUCAGUUAAGAACUCAGCAGUUUAUACAAAAGCAGCAACAACAAAGACAACAACAGCAAAAUUAUUUUAACCCAUUCCAAAAUCCUGAUUUUUAUAAAAGGGGUAGUAAACCUUCACCAUCAUCUCAACACCAAAAACAACAUCAAAAAAAUCAACAACCUAGGAUAAUAGAGUGUUUAAAUUCAAAAACUUGCCCAAUAAUAACGUUAUCAUCAGCUAUUUAUGAUUCCUAUUUAAAUUGCCAAAUCAGUAUUUUGUGUAGAUGCAAUAAAGAGAGUGCCUAUGUAAAAUGCAAAUCAUGUUCAUCAGUGUACCAUUUAUCAGAUAAUUACAAAUCAAUUAAAUCUGAAUUACAGUGUCAAGGUGCUGGUUGCAAACAAAAAGUUUCUUGUGGCUUUCCAGAUAAAAUGUAUAGUGUCGAGCUAUCAAAUAUAUUUAUUAGAGAGGAGCCAAAAGUUCAAUCUCCAAAGAGGAGCCCAUCUCAGCAAACACAUUCACAAUCUUCAUCACAAUUUUUUUAUCAAUCACAACAGCCACUGCAUCACCAACACUAUUUUUCAUCACAGUUUCAAUCUCAACCAUAUUACUCACAAUCACAAAAAUCAUCGCCUCCUCGUCCAUUGCACCAAAAAAAGAAUGAAAAUAAUUUAAAUUCAAACUAUAGAGAGCCAUUUGUUCAGGAUAGUGACGAUGAAGAAGAUAUUGACCAAAAAGAAAGACUUGAAAGGGCGGCAGAGAGAGAACGUACCGAAAAAGAACUUAUUGAAAAGGAAAAUGAACGUUUAGAGAAAUUGAAGGAAAUCGAGAAAAAGAAAAAACAAAGAAUGAACAACUAUGAAACCUUUGAUGAAAUAGAGGAGGCUAAAAAGAAAAUACUAGAAGAGAAAUUAGAGGCUACAGAAAAACCAAACAAACAAAAAUUUAUUAUACCCACAAUAAAUAGACUUUCAAGAGCUUCAAUUGGUGCGGUUAUAUUAAAUAAUAGUAAUAAUAAUAAUGAUGAUAUUAAAAAUAAUAGCAGUAGUCAGGAUAAUGAGGAGCCACCAGUCGAAUUAUACCCACCUUUACCAGUAUUUUCAAAAUCUGUUGAGCUAAAAGAACCUGAUGAAAAGAAAUCAAAAUAUAUACACACAGAUAUUUCAUCAUUCUUUAAAAAAGAUGAUCAAAAAAUAGAAAAAUCACCACCACCACCACCACCAACCAAUAAACCAAAAGUCAUAUUAGCUCCAACAGUGCCAGUUAAACAAAAGUCACCACCACCCCAACGAAAGCAAAGCCUAGAAACUGAUCAACAAAACAGUAAAUAUGUUCAGGUUCCAGAGCCACCAAAAGACUUUAAUUUUCAGUUUAAUAAAUCAAAAAAGAAGGAAGAGUUUGAUUUGUUUGAAGAGGAUUUGGAUGAAUCACCUUCAUCAUGGCUCUCACAAGCUCCAACUCAUAAUCCAAAUAAAAAAGAGGAACCCAUUGAACAAAAAACUUCAAUUUCAAAAUCUCAAAAAGAUAGUAAUAAUGAUAAUAACAAUAUUGGUAAUGGUAGUUCUCAAUUAAACAGAGGGGAUAGCGAUUUAUCAAAUGGUUUACCAAAUAGUAAUUUAUAUAGUUAUAGUUUUGUUGGUUUUGGAACUGAAGAUUAUUUUACAUUUGGAGGUGAGGAUUAUUACCAAGAUAGUUACGAAUACAAUACCAGCGAUCAAAAACAGCCAAAUGGAUCAAAUGUUGCAACAGGUAGCAAUAAUAAUAAUAACAAUAACAAUAAUAAUAGCAAUAAAAAUAACAAUAAUAGUAAAAUCAGUAAUAGCAAUAGUAAUAACAAUAAUCAAAAUCAAAAUAAUGUUUCGAAAUCAUCUAGCUCUGGGCCGGUAAAAAAAAGUUUUAAUUUUGAGGUUUAUGAUGAAAGUGAUUUAGAAGAUGAAGAGGACGAAGGAAGAGGCAUUAUGGAAAGUGUAAAUAUUAAAAAAAGACCAAGUAUCGAAAAUAAAGAUAAAAGAUCCAGCAAAAAAUUAAUUCAUUCGCCUAUACAACAAGGAAAUAAGAUGGAUAUCAGGCUAUAUGCUACUAAAUAA